UCAGGGUUCGCACUUUGAGUGGCGCUUAGCCUGGUUUUCCCAUCAGCCCCUGGUACACGGGUCGGCGGUAUUUCCGAUCCGCACUGUUAUCUUGUCCCCUUACAGCUCCAGCGGCCGAAAAGAUGGCGGCCAUGCUGCAGCAAGUGCUGGAGAGGGCUGAGCUCAGCAAGCUGCCCAAGGCCGUGCACAGCAAGCUGGAGAGAGCCUUCACCGACCAGCAGAGCGCCAUAGACAGCCUGGAGGCUCGCUGCGAGAAACUACGAGUGGACUGCGAUCAGCAACAGUUUGAAGUUGAAAAGAGACUGAGUCAGUGUCAACAGCGUCUUGUAUCGGAGUCACAGGAAUUUCAUAAUCUUAGGGGAAAAUACAAUAAACAAAUUGACGAUCAAAAAGAAUUGAAUGAAAAGCUUCGAGACCUAGAGUCUUCAAAUGAUCGACAUAUUGCUUUGCAGAGUCAAUUGACAAGGGCUAAAGAAUCUGUUGAAGCAGACAAUCGAGAUUUGGUUCGGACAAAUGAACGAAGAGCUCAAGAACUGGAACAUUUAAAUGAUGAUAUAAAGCGUCUCAAUGAAAAACUUAAGGAAGCUAAUGUAGCAAAGUUGGAGAUGCAGUUGAAGCUGGAUGAGUUACAGUCCUCCGAAGGCUCUGUAAAAUUCCGUGAGAAGCGUUUAGAACAAGAGAGAGAGCUUUUACAAAGUCAGAAUACCUGGUUAAAUAAGGAAUUGCAAUCCAAAACUGAUGAGCUGUUGGCUAUUCACAGAGAGAAGGGAAAUGAAAUUCUGGAACUUAAAGGAAAUCUGGAAAACAAAAAAGAUGAGGUCACCAGACUGGAGGAACAAACUAAAAGCCUCAAGACGUCAAAUGAAAACUUACAAAAACAAGCUGAAGAACUGAUGUUUAAGUUAAAGGAGGCAAAAGAGCAGCAUGCAAGUAUGGAAGAGAAGUUUCACAGUGAAUUGAAUGCAAAUAUUAAGCUUUGCAAUCUCUACAAGAGUGCAGCUGAAGAUUCUGAUGCCAAGAGUACGGAGGUUACUAGUGCAAUGGAGGAACUUCAAAAACUUCUUAAAGAAGCUAGUGAAGCUAAUAAAUCUGUGCAGGACCAGUUAUCGGAAAAGGAGCUAGCAAAAUCCCAAGUGGAGACCGAGCUAAAGGAUAAAAUCCAAAGUCUGGAACGAGAGCUAGAGAAUGCCAAUGACCUACUGUCUUCAACCAAAAGGAAAGGAGCAUUGCUUUCUGAAGAGGAACUAAACUUAAUGUCCCCUACAGCUGCUGCUGUUGCCAAAGUGGUGAAGCCUGGUAUGAAAUUAACAGAGCUCUACAAUGCAUAUGUAGAAACCCAGGACCAGCUGUUAAUGGAAAGACAAGAGAAUAAAAGAUUGAACAAGUAUCUGGAUGAAAUAGUGAAAGAAGUGGAGGCAAAGGCUCCUAUUCUGAAACGUCAGCGAGAAGAGUAUGAGCGUAUGCAAAAAACUGUAUCCAGUCUCUCUGCCAAACUUGAACAGGCAAUGAAGGAAAUUCAACGCUUGCAGGACGACACAGAUAAUGCAAAUAAACGUGCAACACUACUUGAAAGAGAAAAUCAAAGAAUGGAGUUACAAGUGAAAGAUCUCUCUCAACAGAUUCGGGUUCUGUUAAUUGAGCUGGAAGAAUCAAGAGGAAAUCAUGUCCAAAGAGAUGACGACGAUGAUGUGAGCUCUGCUAACAUUAGCAGCUCCUCUGAAGUAAUAACUCGUCACUUGGUUACUUAUAAGAGCAUUGAAGAGCUCCAGCAGCAGAAUCAGAGGCUCUUGGUGGCUCUGCGAGAACUUGGAGAAACCAAGGAGAAAGAAGAGCAAGAAACUACAGCAUCAAAGAUUUCUGAAUUACAAAAGGAACUUGAGGUUGCUCUCUCAGAAAUCCUACUGCUCAGAGACUCUCGCAGCCACCAGGCUCAUCUAGUAGAGUCCAUAGUUCGUCAACGGGACAUGUAUCGUAUACUUUUGGCUCAGACAACUGGUGUGUCUUUGCCAGCCCAAGAUGACGUGUCAUUCGCAAUAACUCCUAGGAAAUCCCCUGGUGUAUCACAAAUUACUUCCACACCUGCUCCUACUAUUGUGGUUUCUGAAUCCACUGAAGCUGCUGAGGCCAAAGCUGCAUUAAAACAGCUUCAGGAAGUGUUUAUAAACUAUAAAAAAGAAAAAGGAGAAAAUGACAAAAUUAUAAAUGAGCAUAACGAAAAGCUGCAAGAACAGGUUACUGAACUACGUUCUCAAAACACAAAGAUUUCCACUCAGCUGGAGUUCGCAUCCAAAAGAUAUGAAAUGCUACAGGACAACGUUGACAGUUACCGACGGGAAAUAACAUCUUUGCAGGAGAAAACCCAAAAGCUCUCUGCCACCACCCAAAAACAAGAACAGAUUAUUAACACCGUAACCCAGGAUCUGAGAGCUGCAAAUGAAAAGCUUGCUAUAGCAGAAGUGAGAGCUGAAAACUUAAAGAGAGAAAAAGAACUCUUUAAGAUGUCUGAAGCCAGACUCACUCAGGAGCGGGAAUCUUUACUAGCUGAGCAAAGAACACAAAAUCUACUGUUGACCAACUUACAAACCAUACAGGUUACCUUGGACCGAUCUGACACCGAGAUCAGACAGCGAUACAACAACCAGAUUGAAAAGUUGGAGCAAGAGUUGGCCCAGGCUAAGAAGAAAUUGGAGCAUGAAGUGGAACAGAAACACUUGCUGAGCAAAAACCAAGAUGUACAGGUUUUGGAUCUGAAAAAACAAUAUGAAUCGGAGUUAAAUCUGCAUAGUAACACAAAAGAACUUCUGAAAAAUGCAAACAAGGAAAUUUCUGUUUUGAAGCAACAGCUGAAUAAUAUUGAAGUACAGCUUGCAUCUCGUUCAAGCCAGAAGGCCGCUGAGCAGGGUAAUGACGGUGAAGAUAUCGAGGCACUUAAGACAAAACUUAGACAGUCUGAAGAGCAGCUUAAUGACGUUAAAGAGAGGUUGAAAACUGCGACCAGCAAUGUGGAACAGUACAGAACUGUUGUCCUUGGCUUGGAAGAAUCUCUUGACAAGGAAAAACAGGUCACUGAGGAAGCCUAUAAAAUGAUUGAGUCUCGUAUGAAGGAAGCAUCUGAGUACCAAGCUCAACUGGAAAAGAAAAUAAAGGAAGCAGAGAAAGAGAAGCAAGAGCUUAGAGAUGAGAAGCACAAAGCCGUUGGGAGUUUGGAGCAACAGUUGGCACAACUCCGACAAAGCCUAUCCAGCCUGCAGGGAGAAGUCCAGCAAGCUCUUCAGAGGGCCACUACAGCUACUAGCAACGAGCAGAAGUCUAGACAGGAUUGUCAAGAACAGGCCAGGAUUGCUGCCGAAGCACAAAAUAAGUAUGAACGAGAACUCAUGCUGCAUGCAGCAGAUGUGGAAGCCCUUCAGGCCGCAAAAGCACAAAUGGCCAGUACUUCUGAAAUCCGUCAGAAAUUGGAGGAAACUGCACAGAAAGCAGAGUCCCAACUUCUAGAACUAAAGUCAUCCUGGGAAGAUCGUGAGCGUGUGCUUAAGGAUGAGGUAACUAAACACCAGUCCCGUUGUGAAGACCUGGAUAAACAAAACAGGUUGUUACACGAACAGAUAGAAAGUCUCAGCAAAAAGAUGGUUGUCUCUGUUCAGGAAGGAUCUUUGAAUGUGUCCUUCAGCGAAGAGGGCAAGUCCCAGGAACAAGUAAUGGAGAUUCUUAGGUUUGUGCGUAGAGAGAAGGAAAUUGCUGAAGCAAGAUUUGAGGUUGCUCAGGUGGAAUGCUUGCGCUACAGGCAGAGAAUUGAGCACUUGGAAAGGGAGGUUGAGGAGCUGCAGGGCAGUCUGAAUGCAGAGCGCGAAAAAGUCCAGGUGACCGCCAAAACAAUGGCCCAACAUGAAGAACUAAUGAAGAAGACUGAAACAAUGAAUGUUUUAAUCGAAAGCAACAAGCAGUUAAGGGAAGACAAAGAAAAAUUAGAUCAGGAAUUGCAACAACUACAAGCUAAGAUUCGUAAAUUGGAAACAAACAUCUUGCCCCUGCAAGAAUCCAACUCUGAGCUUAGUGAGAGAAGUGGCAUGCUGCAGGCAGAGAAAAAACUUCUUGAGGAAGAUGUAAAGCGAUGGAAAGCUCGAACACAGCAUUUAUUGAAUCAGCAAAAGGAUACUGAUGUAGAAGAGUACAAAAAGCUGGUUUCUGAGCGGGAUGUAAACGUGAAACGAAUCCAGCAGCUGACUGAAGAGACUGGAAAAUUAAAAACUGAGGUUGCCAGAACGAAUGCUUCAUUAAAUACAAGCCAGAGUCAACUUCAGAAUGUAAGAGAAGAGCUAACAAAAAUGAAAGCAGAAAAGGAAAACCUCCAGAAGGAGCUUGAUGCAAAAGUUGCAGAUAUCCAAGAGAAAUUGAAAACUAUAACCCAAGUCAAAAAGAUUGGACGACGAUACAAGACUCAGUAUGAAGAGUUGAAAGCUCAGCAUGACAAACUGGUUACAGAGACUGCGGCAGCUCAAGCAGAGAAAUCUGAUGACCAAGCUACUCAAAAAGAAUUGCAGGAGUUAAAAGAUUCUCUGGGACAAGCAGAGACGAAAACAACAACUUUGCAAAGCCAAGUGGACAACAUGCAGAAGAUUAUUGAUGAUAAAGAAAAUGAGCUAAAGGUUUUGCAAGAACAACUUUCACAUCUGCAGACAGACUUGUCCAAGCUUCAGAAAGAUUUAAAAGACAAAAGCAAUCAAGAAGAGCAGACACGGCUGCAGAAUAACGAAAAGGAAGAGAAGACCAGGAAAACCUUAUUUGCAGCUAGGCAGAAACUAGCACAACUUACUUCAUCUAAGGACCAAUUAUUUAAAGAGAACGAAGAACUGAAACAGAGGGUUGGUGAAUUAGACCAGCAAAGAGAAGAACUGGAGGUUCGCAUGAGCGCCCUGAAAUCACAGUACGAGGGCCGUAUUUCCCGUCUAGAAAGAGAACAGAGGGAGCAACAACAACGCCAUCACGAGCAAAGGGAUGAGGCUCAAGAAAAUAAGCUUAGUGAACAAUGGGUUACCUUAAAAACUGCACCAGCGCCUGGAGAAAGGGGAACUACAAGUAGUUCAGAACCUCCAACAGCCAAUAUCAAGCCCACACCAGUGGUAGCCACUCCAAGCAAGGUGACCACUGCCACAGCACCUGGUAACAAGCCUACACCAAGGGCUAGUAUACGCCCGAUGGUCACUCCUGCAACAGCAUCUAAUCCAACCACCACACCUACGGCAACUGUCAUGCCUACAACACAAGUGGAGACGCAGGAAGCCAUGCAGCCUGAAGGCCUAAUGGAACAUGUUCCUGUUUUUGGUAGCACCAGUGGAUCUGUCCGUUCCACCAGCCCAAAUGUUCAGACCUCCCUUCCACAAACCAUUUUAACUGUACAACAGCAAACCCAAGCCACUGCCUUUGUACAGCCCACACAGCAAACGCAUGCCACAGUAGAGCCAUCCACUCAAGAACCUGCUGUGGUAGAAGUAAUUCAGAGUUCUCAGAUUGAGAGGCCAUCAACCUCCACAUCUUUAUAUAAUCCAUCAACUUCUUUGGCACCCAAGAGACCGCGUGAAGAGGGUGAAGAAAGCACAACCGAGACAGUCGAGCAGUCAGUUGAAGACUUGGAUAUGCCUCACAAUAAAAAGAUUAAGGUCCUACAACAAACUGGAGCAGAGGAGGAAGUCAUAACAGAAGAAAUGGAGGCAGAAUCCCAGACUCUUAACCAGGAAUCACAAGACACACAGUGUGGUUCCCUGGACUAUCCACAGAUUGAAGACAGUGAGGAGACUUCACAAUCUAUUCUGGACAUGGCAACCCAGUCCUCUGAUCAGUCCCAAACUGUACAAUCCUCUCUGGAUACCCCUCCCAAGCGUGCUGAUGUUAUUGUGAUAGAUAGUGAUGAAGAGGAGGAUGAUGAAAAUGAGGAAGACCAGGAGGACUAUGAGGAGGAUGAGGAAGAAGAUGAUGAUGACACCGGCAUGGGAGAUGGUGAUGAAAGUAACGAAGAAACUGGAAGUGCAGAUGGAAAUGAAGCUUAUGAAGGAGACGAAGCUGAGGGAGCUGAAGGUACAGAUCCUGGUACAGAGACAGAAGAAAGUAUGGGUACAGGAGAUGGGAACCAAAGAGCUGCUGAUUCUCAAAACAGUGGUGACACUGGGCCUGCUGAGUCUACUUUCACACAAGAGGCACAAGAGCAACCAUCAUCUGCUUCAGACAGAGUAUGCCCCCGUCCUCCCCAGUCACCGCGAAGACCACCUCAUCCACUCCCUCCUCGUCUAACAAUCCAUGCUCCACCACAGGAAUUGGGACCACCACCACAGAGAAUACAAAUGGCACGCAGGCAGUCUGUUGGGCGUGGCCUUCAGUUAACCCCUGGCAUUGGUGGAAUGCAACACUUUUUUGAUGAUGAAGACAGGACCGUGCCCAGUACCCCUACUCUUGUAGUACCACAUCGCACAGAUGGCUUUGCAGAGGCUAUACAUUCACCUCAGGUUGCUGGUGUUCCUCGGUUUAGGUUUGGGCCACCAGAAGACAUGCCACAGGCCAGCUCUAGUCAUUCUGAUCUCGGACAGCUUGCAUCACAAGGAGGUUUAGGCAUGUAUGAAACACCUCUGUUUCUUGCGCAUGAAGAUGAGUCUGGUGGCCGCAGUGUUCCAACUACACCACUGCAAGUAGCAGCGCCAGUCUCUGUUUUUGCGGAGAACACAGCUGCUGACACUUCAGAUCACGCAUCCCAGUCUGUUCCAAUGGUCACCACAUCAACUGGGAAUGUUACUACUGGUGUGGACUCCGGAGCAGCCGAUGAAGGAGAUGAGGUUUUUGUGGAAGCAGAAUCUGAAGGAAUUGGCUCUGAAUCCACAAUAGAGAUUGAGUCGCAGCAAGAAGAGGAAGCUGCACAAGCACCUGAAUCAGAUCUUCCUUCCACAAGCCAAGAUCCUUCAAGUAGUUCUGCAGACACAAGCACCAGCCAACCAAAGCCUUUCCGGAGAGUGAGGCUACAGCCGCAACCUGCAAGGACUGGAGUUCGUGGGCGUCAGUUCAACAGACAACGAGGUGUCACGCAUGCUAUGGGGGGCAGAGGAGGAAUUAACAGAAGCAACAUUCUCUGAGUAAAGCAUGUUUUGUGGGUAACCUACGUUGACCCGUUUUUAGAUUGAUAGUGAAGAUAAUGCAUUGUUUUGUAAAGGAAAAUUUAACGUCUUUAUUAAUAAAAACAGUAUAAGGUAA